UUGUGCCGUUACACGUCAGCCAUUACAUUCUUCUUCUUCCGUUUGCAAACGAACCCAAUUCAGACACAGAGAUCCUCCGAUUCAUUCAUUCGAGAAUCUCUGAGCUAUGGCGGAGGAAGAGGAAGAUGACGAGAGCUUCGGUGACUUCAAGUUCGCGUCCUUUCCAAAUCAACCCACCGAAUCCUCUAACCACUUCAAUGGAGGAGGAGGAGGAGCCUCGUCAAAACCCUUCGACCCUUUCGCCGUUCCCCCCUCCGAUCCCGCCGUUCCGGCGAAGAAGCCUCAUGGAGCUAUUCCUCUUUCAAUCUUCGGCGAGGAAGAGGAGGAGGUAGAGGAACCUGCUCCUGCCAAUGUCUUUUUCUCCAACGGUGGUGGCGGUGCGGUGAAAAACGGAUCCGAUUCGAAUGGAAUCAGUAAUUUGAUUUCCGGUUUGUAUACUCAGCAGCGCCCUCAUGUGAGUUCUGAAAACGGAUCAGCUUCCACAUCCAAUGGUGGUGUAACGAAUUCGAACGCGAGGGAUUUGAAUCCAGAUUCUGAGGACGAGGAUGGAUGGGAAUUCAAGUCGGCGGAAUGGGAAACUGGAAACAAGAGCCUGAAUAUUCAGGCUGAGGUGCCGAAGCAUGAAAACGGUACACUUGGUGUUGGUGAUUCGUCCACUGGGAUUCCUGGCAAAGACAACGGUGGAUGGCACCUGGGAUUUGAGUUCAGCCCAAGCUCUGCAUCGCAAGAUCAUAUUAGCCCACAACCAGGUCCCAAAAGUGAAUCGAAGGAAACUGCAACCGGGCUUACUAUGUUUGACGAAAAUUUUGGGAAGUUGAAGAAUGCACAUUCAUGGCCAGGAUCAAAUCAAACUCUGGAAGCACCAAAAAUGGCUGACACAUGCCCCACUAGUACAGGAGUACUCAAAUAUGGUGGGGGAGCUUCCCAUACUACUAUAGAUCUAUCUCAUGCAUCAGAAUCUCAUCAAUCUGAUGAAUGGGACUUUGGCUUUAAUUUCAAUUCUAGUUCCCUGGGCAAAGGCAGUCAUAUUUCAGAAUCAUACUUCACAAACAAAAGCAACCACGAUGAUAACAACAACAACAACAACAACAACAACAACAACAACAUUGUUUCCCCAACCAAUAUAAAUGUUGCUUCAGAUGUGAAUUUGUUUGAAUCAAAGGACGCAGUUUCGGAAAAAGAAACAAAGCAUGAGAAGCCCCUAACAAGCUCAGAGAAUCAUAGGGAAGCCUUGCCUCUGUCAAUAUUUGGUGAUGAGGUGCCCGAUACAAAUGAACUUUCUAUAUCUCAAGAUUUGUCUCCCUAUGCACCAAAAUCCUCAAUGGGGAACAGCUUUAAUAGUCCUGGUUCCAACUUAUCUAUCAACGACAUGAUAUGGACAUUAUAUAAUCAAGCUGAAAACCAAACUCCUGAUGUGACACCAAAAGGAAGUGAAAAUCAGAUUCAUGCCUUCCCCGAAAUUUCAGGGUCCAAUUUGGUUGACGGUGAUGAUUUUGAUGAUGAUUUCGGGGACUUUAAGGAUGCUUCACCGGGAACCAGAUGUGCCGAGGAAUCUGCCCAAGAAACAUCUUUCAAUCAUGCUCAACAAGUCAAUGAGAAUGGAUUCCAGUCUUCCAGGACAGUUUUAAAUUCUGAUUUGGUCAAUGGUAAUGAUGAUUUCGAGGAUGAUUCAUGGGAAUUUAAGGAUGCCAUCUCUGGAACAAGAAGUCAAGAUCAGGCAUCUACCAUUGAUAACACAGAUUUACUGAUGCUGAUGCAGUCAUCAACAGAGUUAGAGCCAACUGAUUGUGUAGAGUUCUAUAGCAGAUUGAAGGAUGAAUUGUGCAAUGAUGUCCUGUUCCAUCUUCAAAAUCUUAAGGUAGCUCAAAAUGCUGCUGUUCUUUCGGGUGAAGAUGCAAAAUCAGAAGCUCUUGAGAAGGAAAUUCAGGAAUUUUCAAAGAUACUGCAUCAGGAUAAUAUGAACAUCCCUGAUGAAUAUCUAUCAGAUAAUUAUUCACCAAGAAACGUGAACUUGACUGUGCUUCUUGAAGUUUUGAAGGAACCGAAGUUCCAACCUAUUGAGUCAGAGUACCAGCUAGCAUCGAGGUUGUCCAUGGCUGAGAAGGAUAUGAAACCUGCUAUUGAACUUUUGAAAGAUGCAGUAUCAACAUUAAGAAUUCUCAAGUUGGGAUCAAGAGAAGAACAUUUGAAUUAUUUUACCAUAUGGUCCAAAGUGGCCUUUGUUUGUUCUCAAGAGCUGAAACAUGGUGCUUAUAUUUGGAAGCAAGCAGUACAAAAGAAUGUCCAUGACCAGAUAUUAUCUAACCCAAAAGGUGUUAAGUAUAUUCAUGCACUUGGAGAAAUUUAUAGAGUGGCAGAAAUUAUUGGAGCUUCAGCCAAACUUCACAAGCCAUGGAUGUUAUCUGGAUCUAUAGAUCCUACAAGUUUAUUUGCUCUUUUGAACGAGUGUUAUAGUCUAUGGUUGACUUCAGGACUUGAAGAAGCUCUUUUGUGUAUAUCAAAUCAGAAUCAUUUUGAGUCAGAUUACAUUUCAAGGAAAUUAGUUGAAUCCAUUAAAUACAUUCAUGAGCUUGAUGACCAUGUCCUUCAGAACUAUGUCAUCUCUGGAGAAGAAACAACUUGUCAGUUGUCAGCCCUACCUGCUGAUCUCAUACCAGGGCUAAACUUGGUGACAUGGAAUGGGAAGCAAUACUUCGUCAAGCUCAUUAAUUUAUGGGUUAAUCUUUUAAGUUCCGAUCCUCCCAAGAAUUAACACCUGCCAAUUCAAUUGCGUCUCUUAUUACUUGGAGGCUCUUAACAUUAGAUUUUUCAAUGUGCUGUCUAAAUUAUUUUCUCUAUAAGAAAAAUCAGCGAGACUGUGGCAGGAACAGGAUCCAUAUUUUUGGUUUGUUGGGUGAGGCCUCUGGCACUCUAGCAGCAGUCCUUGAAGUGAAGGGAGGUUGUAUGUGGAAUAUAAAUCACACGAUUGCAUGGCUCAGGCAAAGUCACCAAUUAAGAUCAUUCUUUCUUCAAUAGGUUACCAUUCUUUCAAGGGAAUCCUUAGAAAAUGUUACAGGUGUAUUACUACUAGUGAUAAGAAGAACUAUACUAUAUUACAUGAGGGCAUGAUAUUGCUAAGUUAUCAAAUGAUGCUGGUGUUGUAAAGCAACUGGGACUCUUCCCUUAACCAUAUUACACAAUAGAGUUUUGUCAAUUUUCAGUUUAUGAAUAAUUUGAUUUGAAUUUUAGAGCACAGUUGCAAUA